AUGGUUGUCCACGACCAUUUCAAGAAAUUUGUUAUUCUCGAAGACCUCUACUUCUCGACUCUCAAUGCAUUUCCUCCGAUAUUUUCCCCCUCCGAAUCGCCCCCAAAAAAUGUCUACGCGCAAAAGUGUAAUAACUCAAAUUCCGGUGUCCUAACCUUCGAGGAUUGGGUUUCUCCUAAAAAUGCGUGGCACGCGAUGAGCGAUGAAGAAUUAAUGUGGAGGGCGUCGAUAGUGCCAAUUUUACCAAAAUACCCUUUUGAUCGAACGCCAAAAAUUGCGUUUAUGUUCUUAACUAGGGGCCGAUUGCCGUUGGCGCCACUUUGGGAGAUUUUCUUUAAGGGGAAUGAAGAAUUGUUCUCCUUGUACUUACAUACUUCGCCGGAGUUUAAGGAUGAACCACCCGACUCGUCGGUUUUCUAUAAGCGUCGAAUACCUAGUCAGGCGGUUCAAUGGGGAAAAUCGAGCAUGGUCGACGCAGAGAGACGGCUACUAGCGAACGCUCUCCUAGACAUUAGGAACGAAAGUUUCCUCAACGCGUUCGAUGACCCCCGGCCGAUCGGACGGGGUCGAUACAAUCGGAAAAUGGGACCAACAAUCACGCUCGUCGAUUGGCGUAAAGGGUCCCAAUGGUUCGAAGCCAACCGAGAAUUAGCCCUAAUAAUGGUCUCAGACACCAAAUACUACCCGAUAUUCAGAAAUUAUUGCCUGCCUCCGUGUUACAUGGACGAGCACUACUUUCCGACAAUGGUGACAAAAGUUUGUCCUAAUCUUACGUCGAAUAGGACGGUGACUUGGACGGAUUGGUCGGGCGGAGGGUCGCACCCGAGAAUGUACGGAAAAAAUGAUGUUAGAGAGGAGUUGUUAGAAGGGAUUAGGAGAUUGGGGAAUUGUAGGUACAAUGGGGAGAUGAUGAACUCAAUGUGUUUCCUAUUUGCAAGAAAGUUUCAUCCUAGUACUUUACAACCUUUGCUAAGAAUUGCUCCUAAGUUGUUUUGGUUUUGA